UGCUGCCAGUGAACCAGUCGCGGUCCUGCCAGCGAGUUGCGAGUCGGCAGUAUUCCCGUUAGACGCUCCUUAUCCUUUGUUUCUACAGCUUCGGCACUAGCUUCGCUACAAUGAACGGAGGCUCAAUCGCUCCGGUCAUUAUUUUAAAACCUCUGUGUUCUUAAACUAACAAGACUAUAACUGCAUUCGUGUGCGUGUGGUUUUCAUUUAGUAUGUGUUAACUUCUUACUGUGAACUUCCGGCAGUAUAUAUUUAUUUUCUCAGUGCUCCGAAAACGGUUUCCACUAAAAUCACUCAAAAGGGAGAGGAACAGGAUUUCCUGUAAUCGUAUCAGCGUGCGGCCAAUGAUGGUGGUUAAGCUCGUGACAGACUGGAGAGUCAGCUGAUAUCAUCGACAGCGGAUCAGCUGAGAGUGGAGGAUAUCCAGGUGGCAGUGGCACCAAACACAUCUCACGUCACCCAGUACAGCUGCAAGGGGAACGUGAUGCAUACGCUGAUGAGGUAUUGACUGUUACCACUUGUACACGUAAUUGGAAGGAAAGCCUGGCCCAGCGCGGGGAGGCAACUGUAGCCUGGAGCAGAACGGUUACCUGGCAACAGACGUGACACAGGCAUGCGCGACUUACACCUGUAGCUGUACCUCACAUUGACACGUUUUAUUGGUUCUGUUCUGCGUGUUUGUAUGGCUCGUCUCACCCCGGCACGUCACAGCAGCCCAGGGGAACAAUGGCCCAUCAGUCUGAAAGAAACAUUCCUCAUCUAAGAGACAUUUUUGGAUUUCAUGACAAGAAGCAACCAAAGAACUCUCCAGAAAAAAUUGUCAAUGAAGUAAGUGAUAUAGACUCCAGAUCAAACUGGGAUGACUGCAAUGGUAAAAGUGCAGACUCUAGUUCGAUUUCCACAAAUGGUGGCAAUGACAGUGCAAUAUCAGUCGGUUCGACCAGCGAAGAAGAUUUAUCAGUAACUUCAUCAUCAAAGAAGAAAAAACAGCAACGCUCAAGCAGGCGAGAAAAAACAGAACAAGAUGUAAAACAUCUAGAGAGACAUUUGUCGAUGAAGAAAACCAUACGGAAAAAGAUUAUGAGAGAUUUGCAACAGGCUUUCGUAGAGGAUCCUAAUGAAUUUAGGGUUGAAGAUAUUUCCCAUGAGCAGUUGAAAGCGGAGCUGAAUUUACAAAGUUUGAGCUUCGGAGCAUCCGGCAAAAAGAAAGGAAAAAAGUCGAGUGGUGAAUCAAAUUUUUUAGAUUUCUUAAGAACGGGAAGUGGUGAAAGCAAAAAUUCCACUGCUCCACCGACAAAUACAAGAAUGGAUGAUGCCGAUUCAGGCCAUGGCUCACCAACAAGGGAAAUGUCUGUGGAGCGCAACCAGAACUGUGAUGAAGAAGACGAUAGCCGGAAAGUCAGUUUUUGGAGGCGGUUUACAAUGAAAGGAAGAAGUAAACGCUAACAUCAAACACUGUAUUAAGACUGAACAAUGGUUGUAAUGUCCUAUUUUCAGAUUUAAUUACUGUAUUAGUAGAGCCAUUAACUCGAACUAAUAGUGAUUUUUUAUAAGACAAUAAUAACAAUUCAUGCUUGCCAGACUAGAAAUCAACAGAAAUACUACUGGAAUUGUACAGAUAAAUUGGGAAACUAAUUUAUUAAUAAUUUUAAAAUGUAUCUUUGUAGUGAGAAUGUAUUAGUAUUUGGUGACUAUUCACUGCUUAAAUCAAUUAAUUAUCAUAAAUUCAAAUUUCAACCUAAAUCUUUAAAUAAUUCAGAGAAAUGAUAAAAAUAAAAUUCUCAUUAUAAUUUUAAAGUAUUUAGACCAUUAUGACAAAUUGGAAUACAUUUUUACGGAGGUAUAUAUUAUGUAUUUUUAUACUUUUAGUGUAUUAGAGAAUACUAAUAGCUAAAACUAUUUUAAGAGCUUUCAUAGUUGUGAUAAAAAAUUGAAAUGGAGUACCGUACUAAUUUAUUCUUUACAUACAUCCUACGUACAGCUGAGUGUGAUUAUCACACAAUUAGAAAUAAAUUAAGCUUGUUAAAUAUGCAAUACAAUUGUAUUGAGAUUGUAAUUAGUUUGAUUAAUCUUAAUAUUCUUUUGAUGCAAAAAAUAUAUAACUUUUGCAUCAUCAAAAUAAAUAAAAAUUAGAAAAUGCACAAAAAUAACCACAAGUAAGACUAGAUACAUACAAAAAGAAAGAAACCAACCAGAAGUAAACAGUCCUGGGAUAAAUUGUAAGUUUAAGCAUGCAAGAAAGUAAACAGUACAAAAACAUGAAGAUUAUCACAUCUUUGGCAUAACCUAUGUUUGUCAAAUCAAAUUUGUAAGGUUUCUUCCUUGCAUACUUAAAUUUAUGAUUUAAGAUGUUACAUCUGAAGAAAAAAGACAGACAUGUAUUGAUACCAGUUGAAAUAUCUUUUGUAUACCACAACAAUGGAGAACGCCUAUAAUGCCUAUAAUCCUACUAUAUAAAUGAUGAAUGCCUCACUUGUAUUAUGACAAGAAUCUAUUUAAACUAAGUGAUAACCAAAACAGUGUAUACACUGAAAUCAAUUGCAAACAUAAAUUAAAUUUAGAUUGGUGAUAUUGUAAAUAGAUAAGUUCUCAUAUAAGAAACGGAAAUAAAAACAUGAUAGUUUUAAAAACUUUAUUUGGUACUUGAUGUAAAUAAUUUGUAUAAUUUUAACAAAACAAAUCAUAGACUGACAAUUGAUUCCAAUAAUUAUUGUAUAACAUUAUUUUUGAGUAUACAUAAUUUUUUAUUAACCUACAGAAAUAUUGUGCAGGUGAUUUUUAAUAUUUAUCCAAAAUGCAUCAAGCAAAAUAACAAACAUGUUUCCUAUUAUAUAAAAGGUUUCUUUUAGAAAUAUCAUGGAAUGAAAACUAAGCAUAAAUGUUUUCUGUUAUUGAUAAAGAUAUUUUAAUAUGUAAAUGCUUAUGGUUUAUUUAAUCAGUUGUAAAAUAGCAUGUAUUAUGCAUUUUGUACAUAAACAAUCAAUGAUCACCAGUAAAUAAUUCAUUAAAGGAUUAAAGUAUUCAUUAAGUAUGUGUCAAAAAUAGUAUUGUGUAAGUAAUAAUGUUACUCCUACAAUGUUAUACUAUAAAGCAAUGAAAUACAGAUCAAAGAACAGCUGUAUUAUAUAGGAUGCUUAUUUUAUUAUUGUAAUUAAUAAAAAUAGUAAUAAAAACAUAUAAAACUUACAGUUUAUUUAGUGUGACAUCCACGGUUUUUGUUUAGUUGUUGUAAUGACAAUGUGAUAUACCUUUCAAUUUAUUGUAACAUACUGUAGUUUCUUUAAGAGUAGACAAUUCACUUCUUGUGUAUAAUGUUUAUUAGUGUAUAAGCAAUAAUGUAGAGAUAAAUUAAUUUUACCGGAUAUGUAAAUUAUUGUGAUGUGCUAUUAUUUAAAUAAUAUUUAUCAACAUAGCAUGUAAAAUAGAUAUCAUUGUUAUCUUAAAAACUUUUUUGGAUUAAAGCUGCAUUAUUUCUUA